AUGAUCAAGUUCCCUGAUCUCCACUCAUUGCGUCUGAUGUUCGAGGCUUACAACACCCACCCUGACUACGAGGCAUUCCGGCAAAAUUCCACUCGUCACUUUAUAAAACGGGUGGAAAAAGUGACCGUGGAGCACAUCCUUGACGGAGACACCGCCAAAGUCGAUUUUCACAUAUUGGCGAUGUUUCCGCCGUGCAAAAUUCGCGUUGAAGUGCCUGCUGGCCUUAUGAAGCUUGCAAAAAUGUACCUCAAGCAAGUCAGAGUUGAGCAAUUGAACUUGAAAGUGAGACAUCCCGGUGACACUCGUCGACCCAUCCAUCUCAACAGUAUUGCUAAGGUGGUUGUUUUAGAAUUAGUCUAUGUUAUCGUCAACGUUGACGAAAUUCCCGUCACCGUCGUUUGA